AUCAUAACGGUCUUCCCAAUGGGCCGAUGCAGGACGCUAAUCUCUCGCUCGGCUACUAUUUAAUACUAUUUAAUAGUAUUUAUACCUGUCUUCUUUGAACCCGAAAAUUUUCAGAGGCCGAUAUUAGGACGAGAUUAUUGGGAAAACAGGGUCGGAAAAUAAGAACAAGCGAAGAAAAUCAAGAUGUCGUGGCAAACGUACGUUGAUGAGCACCUGAUGUGCGAGAUCGACGGCCAGCAUCUCACCGCAGCAGCCAUCAUCGGCCACGAUGGCAGUGUCUGGGCACAGAGCUCCAGCUUCCCUCAGUUUAAGCCGGAAGAAAUUGCAGCGAUCAUGAAAGAUUUUGAUGAACCUGGCUCUCUUGCCCCAACUGGGUUGCACCUUGGCGGCACAAAAUACAUGGUCAUCCAGGGAGAGGCUGGAGCUGUUAUUCGUGGGAAGAAGGGUGCCGGUGGCAUCACUGUGAAAAAAACCGGCCAAGCUUUGAUUUUUGGAAUAUACGAUGAACCUUUGACUCCUGGACAGUGUAACAUGAUUGUUGAGAGGUUGGGGGAUUAUCUGGUUGAACAGGGCCUGUAGGGUCAAAUCAUCAAGGUUUUCCUAUUGUGAUAUUUGGUUUUGGGCUUGCGUUUUCAUGGACUGGCAGUGGAGUUGUUGCUAAAAAUACCCUUGUAUCCAUUCCCGUUUUGCUCCUAUUGAGUCUGUCUUUUAAAUGUUAUUAAAAUACCCUUGUAUUUCUUUCUUCUAUAUGACGAUAUGAUUUGGACUCUUAAACUGGUAGUUUAGAAUAGUACUUCGGCUUGUUAUGAAACAGAGUAUUGAUUUAGUUA